UUUAUAAACCAUGUGCUCUCCUGCACGCCUGACAGUGAUAAAGUAGAGAGGCUGCCAGUGUAGAACUGGUGUGCCUUUCAAAGACAAAAGAAAGUGAGGCGGACUCCGCCACAGAGCUCUAAUUGGACACAAAGAGGAAAACAUUUUCAAAAUUUUAUCUAAAACUACAAAAAGUAGAAUUAAGAAGACAAACAGAGUAGAUGAACAUGGAUCAAAAGACUGUGGAUCUAAACACUGCCUCACCAGAUAUCAACUUGGAGAAGUUACACAAGAUGGCUGCAGAGCUGAUACUGCCGGGAAAAUUCAUCCUCAGGCUCCUGAAUGCUGCUCUGGUGUUUGUAACAAACUUGCUGGCCAGAAUUUUAGGAAGCAACCUGGUCAGAGGACAUUUCCACCUGGUGCUGUCUGGUUUGGUUCUGUUUGGUCCCGUGUUGAGUUUCUGGGUGUCAAAGUACAGCAUCUUCGCAAACAGCAACCACUACCUGUACAGGAAGUUCCUCAAGUCCACUUGGGGUUGGACCAGCAUCUUCACUGGUUCCUUCAUCCUUCUCCUCUGCGUCUCUGCCCGUCGCUCCACCUCUCUCCUCCUCCGCCACCUCUCUCGGGUGGGGGUUGCUGGGCUGCUAUGGUGGGGCUGCCGGCGUCUCCUGGCUCUGCUGGAGGACGCAGCGGGAACCUGUUACGAACCUAUGGCCCCCGCCCAGGAUAUCCCUGGCACUGCCUCCUCACUACAGCCCCUGCUGCUCCUGCAUGAAGACCAGACAAAGGCCUCCUGCCUCAAAGCCAACAUGAUGUGGAGAGGUUACGAGGUCUCCCAGGACGUCCUCAUCCUCUGCUUGUGUUGCCUGCUGCUUGUCGAGGAAAUGUCAGUCUUUGGUCCUCACCUGGCUCAAGCGAAGCCUCCGCAGGGGUCGCCUGGUGCCCCUUUAAGGUUCAUCUUCCUCCUGUGUGUAGUCCUACUUGCUGUUUGGAUGUUCCUGCUGCUGUGUUUGCUGGCACACUUCCCCCAGUUCCCCUCCCAGCAGCUGGGAGGAGCUCUGGGCUACCUGGGAUGGAGAGGCCUCUAUCAGGGAUGGUACAGACUCAAACCAAGCUGGGGUUGUCCUGGUUUGCCAGGAGAAGGACUUCUUACCAACACAGACGAAAAACAGCCUCAGUACCAUAAAGUCUCAGGCUCAAGUUUUGGAAAGUAAAAAUUACAUCUCAUUAUGGUUGUAAAGAGAAUCUCUGUAUAUUUCCUGUAAACACCCUUCCAAACACUUCAUAACUCUAGCAUCAUAUGAAUAUAAAGGCUACUUUCAUUGUAGGGCACUAUUAGUCAAAAACUAGAUUUUGAAUUCCUUUGUGGGGAAAAAAGAAGUGCAGACGGGA